AAUCUGAUUCCUACGAACUUGUGGAACUAAUUGUUCUAGCAUAUGAUUUGACAUACAUAGAGAAAGAGCAUCAUAUUCUAUAUCAAAAACAUGGACAAAAUAGUCAUUCUAGUAAUAGAAGAUGUGGAAUUUAGAGUUCAUGUCCCAUGUCCAUAGUAACCACAACCUUAGUGCCCCACAUACACUUCUCCAUGUUCACUUGCUUUCAUUCCCUUCUCAUUCUUUUCAUCACCACAACCACAUCUACCAACAAGCCACACGACUCCUCUAUUCUAUUGAACCACUAAGUGUUCAUUUUUUGCAUACACAAAAUUUCUCUCUCUCUCUCUCAAAUAAAAAAUGGCAGACAAAUAUUUUCUAAGCAUUAUAGAGGAAAUGGAUCAACUUUGGUAUCACCAAAUCAUUCUUUUCUCAAAACCAACAACACAACUUGUUGCAAAACUUAUUGAAGAAAAGCAUGUUUCAAUUUCAGAAUCUUCUUCGUCUUCCUCUUCCUCAUCAUCUAUUCUUUCUUUGCCACCACUAUUAGAUGAAGAAACUUCAACAGAUGAAUCACUUUCUCCACAGAAACAAGUCUCAUCGGAAUCAGUCACUUUACAUCAUCAGGAUGAUUCAAUUGACAAAAAAGAAGAAAUCAAGGAAAUAUUGGAAAAAAUGAGUCUAUUUGGCAACAGAAUUGGUUCACAUUCAUCAUGUUCAUCAUCACCAACAACUCGAAACCGUCGCCGAAAAUGGAGGAAACAUGCUAAACUCGAGAAGUCUAUGAGCUGCAGGACACUAGGAGAACUUGAACUUGAUGAAGUGAAAGGUUUUAUGGAUCUUGGUUUCACAUUCAAUAAAGAAUGCAUUGAUCAAAAAAUGAUUAGUGUUGUCCCUGGCUUGCAGAGAUUUUGUUUACUCCAAAAUAAACAACAUUACUCACAGUCACAAAUAAUGGCUUCUACAAAAGAAAAUGAUGAAAUAAUUGAAGUUUGUGAAGAAAAGAGAGAUAUCAUGAGACCUUAUUUAUCAGAGGCAUGGCUUAUAAAAAGACCUGAUUCACCAUUAUUAAAUAUGAAAAUUCCUAAGUCUUGUUCUGCUUCCAAUAUGAAGAAACAUAUUCGGUUUUGGGCUAAAAUUGUGGCUUCAGAAAUUCAACAAGAAUGAGUUAUGUAAAUUUCACUCUCCCCUUUUUAUUCAUUUUUGUCUCAUACAAGGAAAGGGGGUUUGGAAGGUUCUUAUUGGAAUCAAGUGCGGAGGGUUACUUGAUCAAUUUGUGUGUUUGUAUAAAUUCACGUAUUCAAAGUCU